CGCAGAGGGCGCUGCGCGCAUGGCAGUCCGGGCUCCUCGGCCUUCUCAUCUUUUUGUCUGAGAACUGCAUCCCUCUGCCGCUCCACAGUGUGCGAUAGCCUCCGAGCCGCGUCCGCAACACACUGUCAAACCACUCCAAACGAACACGACCGCGACCCAAAGCAUUCAUCCUACACACGCCGCCGCGGCGCCUCCGCUCUGCCGGUGGAUCGGCCGCGUUUCUGACUGUUCGUCGGAACUUAGUCCGCGGGUGAAUCGGGCUGGCUUUCUGUGUGCAUCAGUCUUUAUUAGCGAGCUGCCGCUCUUCUUGCUAUCAGCUAUUUCUUUAACUUUUUAAACAGUCAGCUUCGCGAAUGACUGAGCGCCGGCGGACUAUGGGAUCCUUGGUGUCUUAAGAAGCGUCCGAAGUGGGGUUUAAUCGUUUUUGCAUGCAAAAACAAUGGCAAGUUCGACGGGGAAAAAUCUACUAGAUCAGCGAAGGAAAGGACAGGCUUUCCUGGACGAGCUGCGGCAAUUUCACCAAAGCAGAGGGUCGCCGUUCAGGAAGAUUCCCGUGGCGGGUGGGAAAGAGCUGGACCUGAAUGCUCUCUAUGUCAGAGUCGUCUCUUUAGGUGGAUUCGCGAAGGUCUCUGACAAAAACCAAUGGGUCGAACUCGGGGACGAGUUCCACUUUCCGAGGAGUUGUUCGAACGCUGCAUUUGCUUUAAAACAGUACUACCUUCGAUACCUGGAGAAGUAUGAGAAAGUCCACCACUUCGGCGAGGACGACGAGGAGGCGCAGCCGGGGAAUCCCAAAGCCUCUCUGCCGAUCGGCGCGAUACCCAGCUCCUACAACUACCAGCAGCACGUCGUAUCAGACUAUCUCCGCCAAAGCUAUGGACUGUCUUCGGACUUCGUUCCGCCGUGCGACUACAACAAACUGGUGCUGUCCCUCCUCUCGGGUCUACCCAACGAAGUGGACUUCGCCGUCAACGUUUGCACUCUGCUGUCCAACGAGAGCAAGCACGCCAUGCAGCUGGACAAGGAUCCCAAGCUGGUCACGCUGCUGCUGGCCCACGCCGGCGUCUUCGACGACUCGCUGGGCAGCUUCUCCGGGGUGUUCGGGACGGACUGGAAAGAGAAAAGCUCUCGGGACUUUGUCCGGUUCUGGAAGGAGGUGGUGGAGGACGUCGAAGUCCGCGAGCUGAUUUGGGACAAGAACAGCCCAGCAAAAGUUCUGUUCGCAGAUGGUACGUCGAGCGAGGAGCGCUGGCAAAGCCUCUUCCACCCGCCGCGGAACCAGGGCAUCGGCGACAUGGAGGCCCAGCGGGUGCUGCAGAUUGCCGUUAUCCUGCGGAACCUCUCCUUCGAGGAGGCCAACGUCAAGCUGCUGGCGGCCAACCGAACGUGCCUGCGCUUCCUUUUGCUCUGUGCGCACUGUAACCUCAUCUCACUCCGACAGCUUGGACUCGACACGUUGGGCAACGUGGCUGCUGAGCUUCAGCUGGAUCCCGUUGACUUUCGGACGACUCAUCUGAUCUUUCACACCAUCACCAAAUGUUUGAUGUCCAGGGACAGGUUUCUCAAAAUGAGGGCCAUGGAAAUCCUGGGCAACCUCAGCAAGGCGGAGGACAACGGCGUGCUCAUCUGCGAGUACGUGGACCAGGACUCGUACAGGGAGGUGAUAAUGCUCCUCACGCUGCCCGACCUCAUGCUCCUCAUGGCCUCCUUGGAGGUGCUCUACCUGCUGGCCCAGCUCGGAGACAUCCCCUGCAGCAAGAUGGCGUCCGUCGACCGCAGCAUAGAUCUCUUGGUGCGGCUGGUGUCGGUUGACCUCCAUACGUUUGGACCCGACGCCCUGACGGCGGUGCGACUAAUCGAGCAUCAGGCCAGCGCUGACCAGGCAGCAGAGGUUCGACCACAGCUGGUAGAGCAGGUGCCUGCAGCCGUGCAGGGAGCAGCGGCGCCUGUAACGAGGGUACCGGUUCAAUCCACCCAACCCCCAGCUGGUAUUGUGGAACUUGACGGGGAAAAAUUUACACUGCAAUGGUUAAACGCUCACUUUGAGACGAACGCAGAGGGCUCUGUAUCUCGAUCAGAAAUGUACUCCGAGUACCUGGCCACGUGUAGUAAAAUGGGACGAAGCAACAUCUUGAACUCCACAGGCUUCCUUAAAUGCCUGCGCACCGUGUUUCCAAGCCACACAAUGCGGCGGCAAGAGGAGGCCAAGGCCAACGGCCAGGUUCAUAUUCUCCUGGUCGGGCUGAGGCGCAGGGCGAUCCCUCUGCCCAUCCAGCUGUACUACCAGCAGCAGAGCGCGGCAGCGGCACAAACACCAGCAGCCCGGCUCGAAGCUCCUGGCGACCCUCCGGCCCCGCCUCCAGGCUUACCUCUCGGGCCUCCAAGUCUUGGACCCCAGUUUGUCCGGGUGAUGGGCCACGGCCUCAGCGCCACUGGUGCCGCCCCCCCCUCGGCCUCGACUGCACAGGAGCCCCCUCAUGUGAGCCACCCGACUGUUUCCCGUCACCCAGUGGCCAUGCAGGCAUCUCUGCAGCUGCCACCAAAUCCUCUGGCAGCACUGCAGCAGCAGCCGGGCCGACCCGGUCCGGUGGUCCAGAUCGCCGCGUCGGCUCCGGCCGCCCAGAACCCGGCCGCUCAGCAGCACUCCCCCAUGCUCCCCACUGGGCCGCCCGUCACGCUAUUCCAGCAGGUACCACAGGGCCACAUCCUCACCGCCCGCGUACACGGCGUGUGCCCUCCCAUCACCCAGCACCUGGCCGGCCCUCAAGGUGGAGCUCUCCAGGCGGAGCCGCCAUGUGCUGCAUCGACACCCUCCUCUUCCAUCCACGUGGGGGCUGGUCACACGUUUAGCAUCGCGGGCGUGACCAACUCCCAGGGCUCGCGCGGCGCAUUUCAGAAUAUUGCGCCCAAGCCCGCGCCAAGCCACCUGGGUGCACCAGCAGCCACGAUAGCCCCACCCAACCAGCUGCCUCAGCCACCACAGCAGUCGCAGAGUCUCGUAAUAGUCGGCCCCAACCCCCAGCAGAACCCGGCCUACGCCCCUGCCAUGCACCAGAUAGUUCUCGCCAACCCCUCAGCCAUCCCCGGCCCCCAGACUAUCCAGAUUGCGGGGCAUCCCGGAGCUGCUUCCAGCCCCUGCCCGCCCCCCGCUUCUCAUUCUAACACCCAGGUCCAGGCCAAUCAAACCGUCAGCCACGCACUGUCUAUGAAACGGCACCAACAGCAGCUCCAGCUUAUGUCGCAAACUCCCCCCUCUCAGCCUACCUCCACCGAGUCCAGCUUGAUCAAACAGCUACUGCUUCCAAAGCGAGGGCCUUCUACUCCGGGAGGAAAACUCAUCCUACCCGCCCCACAGGUGCCCCCUCCAAACAGCACGAUGGCGUCUAGCCCACAGGUCAUCUACCAGACGAGCUACAGCACCCAGAAUCCAUCUCCUCAGCCUCAGCAGCUCAAUGUCCAACUGGUUCCUGGUCAGCUUCCCGCUGCUGGAGCCCCCACCCUGCAGACGGUGCAGCUCCUGCCAGGGCAGCUCAUUUCCACAGGUAGCCCGGGGGCAGCUACAAUCAUCCAGGGCCCCACGUCAGCUGGAGUCACAUUCACCGUAGUCCCCACCACUGGCUUCACCACCUCGACCGCUGCGGUCAGCACGGGUGCUGUGGCUCCGGGGGUCCCCCCUCCUCCGUUCUUGGCUGCAUCAGUGCCCCAUGACGCGCCUGCGUCCCCGACACCGCCACCACUGCCAGCUCCCCUCCGAGGAGACAAGAUCAUCUGUCAAAAGGAGGAGGAGGCCAAGGACGCCACGGGGCUGCACAUCCACGAGAGGAAGAUCGAGGUGAUGGAGAACUCGUCUUUGGCGGAAGGAGACUCGAACGGCAAACCCAGUAAUGGAGAUGUUGCCGCGGGGGCCAAGCUGCUGAACGGUGGCAAGUGCAUGGAGUCUAAUCUACCUCCAUACAACUCAGGGAAGAGCCAGGGGGGCCUCAAUGGCCCGGCUACCGAGGGCCACCCUGCUAAUGGGAAGCAGGCCCUUUCCUCCAUCCCGAACACUCCUCUGGAGGGCAACCCGGACCCCAAAAAGACUCUGGUCAACGGGGUGUGUGACUUUGAUCGCAGCGACAGUGGCGGCAAUUUAAACAAAAACAUUCCCAAUCACAUUGCUUCCAAACAGUACUUGGGGAACGGGGACGUGGGCCCUUCUGAGAAGAGUCGCGGGUCGGACCUCCCUCUUCCCAGUCCUCCUCUCCCUCAGCCGGACACUUCCAAAGCGCAGCAAGCCGAGCGCCUGGUGAACGGGCCCCAGGCGGCGGGCAACAGGCCUCCUUCGGAAUUAACCAACGGACCUUUGGUGCCGGGCCACGGCGUGCCUGCGCUAAGACAGCAACCGCUCCCCAACUCCACCCUGCCCUCCACUGUUACAGUUAAUUCCGCCGGCGCUCCCGCAAACGGCGUGGCCUGCGAGGCUCGGGGUCUCAAGAGGCCGGCAGAAAGCGAGGAGCGCGGCGGGGCGGCGCCCUCGGGCAUCCCCAACAAAGUGGGAGUGCGGAUCAUCACCAUCAGCGACCCCAACAACGCCGGCAGCAGCGCCACCAUGGUGGCGGUGCCGGCGGGAACGGACCCAAGCACAGUAGCCAAAGUAGCAAUCGAGAACGCCACUCAGCAGAGGAACUGCUUGCCCACGAUGGCACCCGGCUCCACGCCUACAGUAACCCCGCCCCCCGGUAACCACAGCCCGCACCUCUCAGCACAGCAGGGCCCCGCAGCGCCGCCGGAGCAGAGCAGGAAGGCGGGGCAGAACUUCAAGUGUUUGUGGCAGUCCUGUAAACGGUGGUUCGAAACGCCGUCGCGGGUCUUUUACCACGCGGCGACGCAACACGGUGGGAAAGGCUUGUACGGCGGCCAUUGCCAAUGGGAGGGGUGUGAACCUUUUCCCCGGCAGAGACUGUCCUUCAUCACGCAUCUGCAGGACAAGCACUGUUCUCGAGAGGCUUUGCUGGCUGGACUCAAGCUAGAGGAGCAGCAGGCGCAAAGUCCCAAUCAGACUUCUUCCCAGACUCCGCCGACGGCAGGCAGCACUCCGACACCGCGAGCACCAAAAGCAAUCGUGAACCACCCGAGCGCGGCCCUCAUGGCGCUCCGCAGAGGCUCUAGGAACCUGGUCUUCAGGGACUUCACUGAUGACAAAGAGGGACCAGUGACCAAACACAUACGACUAACUGCUGCCUUAACGUUGAAGAACAUCGCCAAGCACUCUGACUGUGGUCGCAUGUUGGUAAAGAGGCAUGAGACGCACCUCUCCGUGCUGGCGCUGAGUAACAUGGAGGUCUCCACCACGCUCGCAAAAUGCCUUUACGAACUGACGCGCUCGCUCCAGGCUUAAGCGCUUAAAAGAAAAGACACCCGUGUCACCACUCGUCCACCGAGACGAGAGGAGGAUGCCACCGUUGGUGAGCCGUAGCGGGUCUGCAGGGCGGGAAGUGGGGGGGGGGGACUGGAACCAAGACCCUCCUUCUGCCACGCCUCUCAUCCCUCACCUCCUUCCUCGCCAACCUGUGUUCUAACCCCACCCGCCGGCCCCAAAACCCACCCACACUCACAAAGAAACUGCCACGGGGGUCUUCCACCAGCUGUCCACCGGGGAGGGGGGGGGGGUUGCCACUUUCAAACUGCUUCCCCGUGGGACUCCACCAACAAAACCCCAAACAUGAGCACAUCUUGUUUUAAGUUAAUUUGUUCUUGUUCCUGUAAACUGAUGUGUGCGUUGGAGUGAGUGGCGGUCGACUGAAGGGUACGGAUGGGUGGGGGUCGGUUGGUUGGUGUCCCACAGAGAUGGGCGGAGGAGGACUCAGCCGGCAACUGGCACAGAUGAUUUCUUCUUUCUUUCUUUUUUUCCCUUAGAAAACUUGGUAGCUCGGUUUUCUUACUUGAGUCUAUAUAUUUUCACUUAUUUAUUAUUGAAAUGAAUACCAUUACAAUUAAUGAAAAAGAAUCCUGUAAAUAUGUUGUGAAUAUAUAUAAAGAAGAUCCUCUUUCAUGCCGAUGCAGCCACUGGAGAACUUGCUCUGUGGAGUAAUAGAAGCAUUACUUUGGUAGAAUUGAAUAAAGUAGUAUGUUUUCGUUUGUUGCUUUUUUUAUGAUCCCUGGUCACUUGUAUCUAAUGUGAUUCUAUACUCAGCAGUGGAUGAAUGUACUUAAACCUGUAAAUAAUUCUGCAAAGGUACUGAUGCUGUAAAGCUUAGGAGGGGGUAAAAACAGUUUUUUGUGGAACUGUGACAUUUUUUGUAUUAUAAUACCUUGUAGAACUCGUUUUGCUGGCUGAAAGAGUAUGGAAUAAUAUAUCCUGUCAUUUUGUAGAAGAAAAAAAUAUUGAAGGUAUUCUCUUCCCUUCCCUCACGCGCCUUCCCCUCAACACGCACACACACAAGUAACAUAUAUCCACUGUAACCGUUUUGUCAUUGUACGGGCCACAGUGCGCGCACCAAAAUUUUUUUGUAUUUGUAAAUUGGUUUAAAUACAUGGAGUUUUUAUACAGGUUUUCUCCUGUGUUAUUUGCUUUACGUGCAGGUAUGAUAUUUUCUUCACUACUUUUUUCUAUCUUAAUAUAGUGUGGAGUUUUAUUGUACUAUUUUUUCAUUCUUAAUACCAUGCCACAUUCCGGCUCACGUCCUCAGACUGUCCUCUCUACCGUGUGUUGUGUAACAUUUAUGACUGCCUGUCGUAUUCGCAUCUGACCGGGGCGACCCAACCAUCCUCAUUUCUGCAGCGUCAGUAGGAUGUGUGACUAUACAUAGACCCAACAGUCUGUUAGAGAUUGGCUUUAUUUACUUUGGUGACUGUUUAUAGUUUUUAAAUAAAACACUGAACAUUUUG